AUGGCGACCAGGACGUUAGAAGCCCGCUUUGAGCGCAUGUCGGUCAACGACGAGAACGACUCGGGCGAGGCCAGGCUCUACCAGAAAUCAAAGGGCGUCGUUACGACCACAUCGCAGCUGGCCCACAGCUCCAGCCGGCCGAACCUGUUCAAAAUCGCCCUCCAGACCCAGAAUGCCAACACGGUAACCACGACCGUCACACUGCCGUCGCAGGCCGCGCAGUGGAAGCAGUCGACAAUGGCCGCCGGCGCCAACCCGGGCUCCCCAGGCCGCAAGGGGCAAGCCUCCUCGGCCCGCGACCCGGACGAGGCCGCCGAGCGCAAGUCGGGCUCCGCGUCGGCCCUGACGGCCGCGGUGCCCUCGACGCCCAAGCAGUGGCACCUGGGCAUGUUCGAGAUCGGCCGGCCGCUGGGCAAGGGCAAGUUUGGGCGCGUGUACCUGGCGCGCGAGCGCAGCAGCGGCUUCAUCUGCGCGCUCAAGGUGCAGUACAAGUCGGAGCUGCAGCACGGGUCGGGCGUCGAGAAGCAGGUGCGCCGCGAGAUCGAGAUCCAGAGCAACCUGCGGCACCCCAACAUCCUCAAGCUCUACGGCCACUUCCACGACAGCAAGCGCAUCUUCUUCAUCCUCGAGUUCGCCGGCAAGGGCGAGCUGUACAAGCACCUGCGCCGCGAGAACCGCUUCCCCGAGUGGAAGGCCGCGCAGUACAUCGCCCAGAUGGCCUCGGCCCUGCGCUACCUGCACCGCAAGCACGUCAUCCACCGGGACAUCAAGCCCGAGAACAUCCUCAUGGGCAUCCACGGCGAGAUCAAGCUGUCCGACUUUGGCUGGAGCGUCCACGCGCCCAACCACCGCCGCGCCACCCUGUGCGGCACCCUCGACUACCUGCCGCCCGAGAUGAUCAAGUCCGGGAACAAGGACAACUCGUACGAUGAGAAGGUGGACCUGUGGAGCCUGGGCGUCCUGACGUACGAAUUCCUCGUCGGUGAGGCGCCGUUCGAGGAUACGCCGGUCAUGACCCAGAGGAGGAUCGCCCGGGCGGACAUGACGAUCCCCUCGUUUGUCAGCCCCGAGGCGCGGGAUCUGAUCAAGAAGCUCCUCGUCCUGGACCCCAACAAGAGAUUGCCGCUCGAGUCGGUCCAGCAACACCCCUGGAUCCUGAAGCACUGCGUCAAGGGGGAGCGGGCUGCGAAUCGGGAAAAGUCGUCGGGCCGCGACAGCGAAUGA